CUGGGGUUCGGGGGCUCUCCGGGCGCACGGCGGGCGGGGGUCCCGUCGCUCGGGGCGGCGCAGCAGGCGCGAGAUGAAGGCGGUGAGCCCGGUGCGCCCCUCGGGCCGCAAGGCGCCGUCGGGCUGCGGCGGCGGCGGGGAGCUGGCGCUGCGCUGCCUGGCGGAGCACGGCCACAGCCUGGGCGGCUCGGCGGCCGCGGUGGCGGCGGCGGCGGCGGCGCGCUGCAAGGCGGCCGAGGCGGCGGCCGACGAGCCGGCGCUGUGCCUGCAGUGCGAUAUGAACGACUGCUACAGCCGCCUGCGCAGGCUGGUGCCCACCAUCCCGCCCAACAAGAAAGUGAGCAAAGUGGAGAUCCUGCAGCACGUCAUCGACUACAUCCUGGACCUGCAGCUGGCGCUGGAGUCGCACCCGGCUCUGCUGAGGCAGACGCCGCCGCCGCCGCAGCCGCAGCCGCCUCCGCCGCCCGCGACGCCGCUCCACCCGGCGGGGACCCGUCCCGGGGCGCCGCCGCGGACGCCGCUCACGGCGCUCAACACCGACCCGGCCGGCGCCGUGAACAAGCAGGGAGACAGCAUCCUGUGCCGCUGAGCCGAGCUGGCCAGGUGUGCGGCCGCCUGAGCACCGCCGAGCCAGGAGCCCCGGAGAGGGAGGGCCCGAGCAGAAAUAGAGAAAAACCC